GUCAAUGUCAAAUUUGUAAUUAAUUUCAUUUUCGAUUCAUUUUCGUAGGCCCGUAGCGGUUGAUAAAAUUUAAUUCAAUGUUUUUUCACCUGUUUUAGGAGUGUUUUAAGGUUAGAAGUAGUAUUCGUCAUCAGUACUAUCUAAUGCCAAGCUUAUUUUUAGAAAGAAAAUCGAAUUAACGUAGCAAAUACAGUGCUCCUACAAUUAUUUGCCUAAUACCUACAAUUCGGUGACCGCUGGCAGUCAAAAUGGGUCUUGGACUAGGAUGGCUUAUAUCCAGAUUUCGACGCAAAAAGACCACGAACGAGAUUCUCGAGAAACUAGAGACCAACAUAAAGCGAAUAGAGCAGGACGGAGCGAACAAAGAGCAACGACACAAGCGAGUGAUUGGCUACAUGAUGGCGUACUCCGUGGGUCUAUACGUGUUGUUUGCGGCGCUAUACUACUACAAGUAUGUGGGUAAGAGCGCUCACUGGCUGCACUCCAUACUGUAUGCGUCUCCGCUACUGCUGUUGCCGGUCAUGGUGAUAUUCAUGCGGGCAGCCGUAUCCUGGUAUUUCAACUGGUCCCUAGGCAAGAACAGAAUCAAGCUGAGCAAAAUGCGAGAGGAGAAGAAGAAAAUACUGGAGGAAGUUAUGAACACUGAGACUUACAAGGUAGCGAAAGAGAUCUUGGACAAGUACGGCAGCCCGGACGACAAAGCGCUAAAGCCGUUCGUCCCAUCGCUCAACGUCCCCGGUAAUACCGGUACAGUGCAGACUGUCGCGCAUGGCUCGCCCGCCCCAGCGACCCCAGGCCAGCUGAGGCAGAGACAGCUGGCCUUGACCUCCACUCCGCUCAACAAGAAUGUCAAGUUCGGACCCGGGGUCAACAUGAACAACUCUGUGGUGGCCAACGGACCCAGGCUUAGUGCCAGUCAACUAGCGCGCCCCCUACCGGACCCCAGCCGAAGCGCGUUGGAGAAAGUUGUGGACUACCUUCUGAAGGACGGGCCCAGCAACCGCAUGGCGCUCAUAUGUGCCGAAUGCUUCACGCACAACGGAAUGGCGAUGGAAGAAGAGUUCGAAUACGUGUCCUAUGUCUGCGCGUAUUGCGGCAAGCUGAACCCGGCGCGUAAACAACGCCCCUCCGCGCCGCUGCUGAGCCCCUCGCCCGCGCGCGCCGCCGGCGCCGGUUCCGGCGGAGAAUCAGAUCGGCCCCCCUCACCCAGUGAGGAGACCCCGAAAUCUGAACAAGAGAAGAAAGAAGACUGAAAAAACAAACCCGAAAAAAAAAACAAUUUUCAACCUGUGUCCAAAAAGUUUGGAUACCCAUUCAAGACCGAUAAGAAGGUUGCAAGUGUGCGGUUUGAUGUUUAAAAUUCGAAA